CCAGCAGUUAUGCCAGUUGUAGUUGUGGAGUGAACCAGAGGGCGGUGGAGGAGGAAGGACCAAGAUACCGGGCGUGCUUGACUUGGACUUCACCAAACUGUGGACUGGUUUGACUUGUCACGGGAUCUAUUUUUGGAGGAGCGAUGUAUUUCAGUUAACAAAAGUAGGUACUGCCUCGUUUAGAAAAAGGCAAAAAAAAGACGCGUCGUCUACACACAAGUUGUUGUUUAGGAUGGGCGAGCGCAUGGACAAUCACAGUGCGAUUCAAACCACUGGUUCUCAGUGGCUGCUGCCUGUUAGUGAAUAUUGGGGAUUUCCUCUUGCACUGGUGAACUUUUUGGCGUGUCAGCUGUUUGCUCUGUCGUCUGCCUUCUGGUUUCGUCUCUACCUCAGUCAUCAACACAGCAGUCCCUUGGCGAGGCACGCGGUGGCCACUCUGCUGGGCGUCACAUUAAUCAUUUUCUGCUUUGGAUGGUACUCCACUCACCUCCUGGCGGUGGUGCUUGCAAACUACCUUCUAAUCAUCCAAACUGACAUCAGCAAUGUACACAGGUAUUCCAUGGUGGUGGCGAUGGGAUACCUGAUUCUGUGCCAUGUGAGCAGAGUCUUCAUCUUUAAAUAUGGGAUACUGUCCACUGACUUCUCCGGGCCACUGAUGGUAGUUACCCAGAAGAUUACCUCACUUGCAUUCCAGCUCCAUGACGGUAUGUGUAAGAAAGCUGAAGAACUGACCUCGGAACAGAAGCUACUGGCAAUAACUGCAAGACCAUCUCUUAUCGAGUACCUGAGUUACAAUCUCAACUUUCUGAGCGUGUUGGUGGGUCCCUUUAAUAACUACAAGGACUACAUUGACUUUAUUGAGGGCACACACAUCAGUGGCAGUCUCAGGCGAAGCGCCAGCACGUCUGACAAAAAUGGCUUCCAUAAACCUCCAGACCCAUCACCUCUGAAUGCUGUCUGUCAAAAGUUGUUGGUGUGCUGUGGCUGCAUGAUCUUCUUCCUCAUCGUCACGCAGUCGCUGCCGAUAGAGUACAACAUCAACCCCCACUUUGUCAACCACGCCCCCUUCAUCACCCGUCUCACCUACGCAUUAUUUUCCAUUCAAGCUGCAAGAAUCAAAUUCUACUUUGCUUGGACAUUAGGUGAUGCCAUCAGCAACGCUGCUGGGUUUGGAUUCUCAGGGAUGGAUGAAAAUGGAAAAGCUUCCUGGAGCCUCCUCAGCAACCUGAACGCCGUGGGGGUUGAGACAGCAACCAGCUUCAAGACUUUCAUCGACAACUGGAACAUACAAACUGGAAAUUGGCUUAAAAUGGUGUGCUACGACCGAGUGCCGCGUCACCGCUUAGUCCUGACCUUCAUCUUGUCUGCGUUGUGGCACGGCGUUUACCCAGGAUACUAUUUCACCUUCUUCACCGGCAUCCUCAUGACGCUGGCAGCGCGAGCUGUACGAAAAUCGUUCCGUCCGUACUUUCUGGGCUCCAGAGGUUUAAAGCUGGGUUACGACAUCUUGACGUGGGCUUCCACCCAGAUGGCCAUCUGCUACACUGUCAUGCCCUUUCUACUCUUGGCAACUGAAUCCACCAUGGUCUACUACAGGUCCAUGUACUUCCACAUGCACAUCCUCGGCAUCCUGGCUACGAUUGUCCUGUGUCCCAAACUCACAAGCAAAGUCUCCUCAGCCGCCACACGCACGCCCUCAAACCAGUGUCUUUCUGUCCACCGUAACAACAAUGACAAAACACACUGAAGCUUCCUCUGCAUCCCUGAAAGGCUUCCAGGCUAACCAGUAUGAGGAAAGUACACUUGUGUGUUAUUUAUUCUUUUAAGACAAUCUCGUCAUUGAGUGGACAUCAUGAGCCAGAAUUGUGUUGCCAAUGAAUCUGGCAGAAGGUGUCCACGGCAUGGACUACACCGGAGGCUCUGGGUGGGAGUCAGGCCAGCGCAGUGGGAAAGUGUAGAUACACCCUCACACACACACACACACAGACACGCACUCGUUUGCGCGCGCACUCGACUCAAAUACCACAAGACAUACUCACAAGCAAGACACUAGAGGACAACUAUGCGCACUGUGGCUGUGAUGGCACACAAAGACUGCUGUUGUGUGGCUGGAGCUCUAUUACACACUGUUACCAGACACUCCCUGGUGCGUUAGCGUGUGUGUUGGUGUGUCCCAAACCAAACAAGUGAGGCCGUUUAAUAUAAAUUUAGCAUGAUGAUUAAAAUAAAUACAUUAUACAUAAAAAGCAAAUGGUGAUGAAUGCCCAAUCUAUAGCUUUAUUUGAAGCAGGGCCUUGCGAUCAUUUUAUAGGAUUGUAAGACACUAACAUGAUGCAAAAUUUGAACAGUAACUGUAACACUUCAAUACAGGAAAAAACAACUUCAAUAUUGAUUCAAUGAAAAUGUACUGAAAAGUGAAAUACAUCUGAUCUCAAGCACAUCUGUAAUCCAUACAAAAUUUGAAUUGUUAUCAUGUUUAAAUCAUAAGAAUGUACCAGAAAAUGUAGCUUUACACAAUGACUACAGAUGAAAACUCAUUUAAAAAACCAAUCCAGUUUCAUGAUAUCACGGGGUGUGUUGGGUAUUGUGUCACAAUUAACUUAAUUUAUUGGUGUUCUCAUGGGAUGAAAAUACUGUAGGUGUUGUAUUUCCCCAACGGAUUCCAAACAUCUCUCCCCUGUGGCAUGUUUGUAUUCACAUUUUGACUUUUAAAUGGAAAAACAUGUCUGUUGUGAGAAAGGUUACUAUCAAGCUAUGGCUUCCAUUUUGAGUGUACAUUAGAAUUAACGUGUAUUAAGGUCAGCGUUUAAUUCUGAAGACAUCAGCACAGGUAAAAGAAUACAUUUUGAAUUCACAAAUGUUUACAGAUUUAUUUUUAGUUAAAGAUGGCAGGAAUUGAUUAUAUAUUUAUUAUCAACUCACAAUGUUUUAAUACAGAGAGAAAAUAAAGCACAAGUGUUGCUUCAAAAAAUGUUGCCUGAGGGAGUAAAGCCCUAUUUGAAGUUCUUAUGCACAAAUGUGUUAUUGUGUGUGCUUCUUUUCAAUGGAGUAAUAAGAGUCAGUGCACAGUAUGGCUGGAUUUUAACAAUGUAAUCUGUGUGAUUUUUAUUAACUUUUUUGUAUACGAGAUCAAAUAUACCAUGAAUGUGCAUGACUUCAUUCUUUUCUUUUUUUUAACUAUACUGUAUAGAUUUUUUAAAAUUGUGUGAAAUGUAACAAAUAAAGCUUCGUGACAACUUGAAUUUUGGAACAAAUGUGUUUUAAGUCGUACAAACAAUAAAUAGCUUUAAUAGAAA